ACCAAAAGCUGGUAGCAGCGCCCCAUCAAGAUGGAUUCCACAUCAUCAAGAUAUCCACGAGGUGACUUCGACACUCCCCCCUGGUCACCCACAGGCCCGGCAUCUUCCUCUUCCCUGGUCAUCCUGCAAUGCGCCUCCUGCAGGCAUGUCCUCGCCGACUCGUCCACACUCGUGACGAUCCGCAAGGACCUGCGCUUGAUCGUCACCACGACUGCGACAGCAGCUGUUGUCUGCGGCGAAGACGAAGCCGGCGCUGAAUCGUCCUCAUCGGCUGCCAACGACGGCGAGGGGGAGGCUCGCCUCUUGCUAUGCCGCGACGCCUCACGCUCAGAUUUGGGGUCGACAUACACUACCUUCUCAUGCGGACCUUGCGGCGAGAAAGACAUUGGUCGCAUCUACAAAAGUACAGGGCCAGACUUGGACGAGAUGCGCGAUGGGUGGAGCUUUGAUCUCGAGAAGGUCAUCGUGUACCCGCUUGGGUCGGCGAAGAGGCUUGUGCCUGGAGCGAGGGAUACGCGGAGAGCAACAGCAGCUGGAGACGGUGGCUCCAGUAGUGAAGGUGCUCAUGGCGCACAAGGCCGACUACGUGGCAUCAGAGAGGACUCGACCUCCUCGUCUGGCUCGCCAGCAGGGAUGAGCGCGGGCCUACCACUGAGAAUCGGCAGCUCGUCACAUCACGGCGGCGGAAGCGGGGGCGGCAUGCACUUGCAUCACCAGCAAGGCUUUCCGACUCUGACAGCGCCUCAUCCUAAUCAUCCUAAUCAUCCUCAUCAUCCUCUUCCUCAACCGCACGGCAUGGGUCGACCAAUGCGAACGCCUAGUGUCGCUCCUGGCUCUGGGCCCCCAGGAGGUGGCCGCGGGAGUGCCACGCCUGGCCCGUCGGAGUGGCGCAGAAUCCAAGUGCUCAUGAUGACGUUGGGGGAAAGAUUGAUGAGCGUUGAGAACAUACUUCAGCAACAGCAGCAGGGAUCUGAUCCGGGUCGAUCUGGUUCUGGUCCAGGACCGGCAGGUGCAAGCGGACCGGCGCCAGGAGGGGCAAACGCAGGGAAACGUCGAGCAGAUGAAGCAGGGCUAUCCAACCGUGCGAUGCCUACUCCGCAAGGCAAGCGACCAGCUGGUGGAAGUACUGUCGGGCAAGGAGGGGUGACGCCCAGGGCCGGCAAUAGUGCGACAGCCGGCCCAUCGUCAGCAGUGGCUGGCUCUACUUCCGCAGCCAACGGCAGCGGCGCUGCCUUGUCUCACACCCCGACAUCGUCUCCGCUUCAAGGAAGACAAGUGCCCGCAUCACCCUCACAGCGAGGAGCAGCCACCCCUUCAGGCCCAUCGCAGAAGAGACCGAGGCCGGGUGGGCCACCCACGCCAGGAGGAGGUCCAGCAGCGGCCAAUCAGACACAGAGUCAAGGAGGGGCAGCGCCGACAGCAGGCGGUAGCACAACACCGCGAGGUGGUCACCCCUCUUCAACAGUUGCGUCUGGACCGGCAGCGUCUUCAUCGGGCAUGGCAGCGACAUCAGUCACACGUGCUCCACCUCCUGGCAGCGCCAAGAAGCCACGUACAGCAGGGCCGCCGCCUACGCCUGGUCAGCAGCAGCGACGAAGAGGAGCAGUCAAUCAACCACAAGCGGGAGACACACAACCUAACAAUGCUGCCGGCGGGGAGGAAGACGAGGCGGACGAGCUCGACUUGGUCAACUCUCAGCGCAAUCGUGCAACGUCUUUCGAUGGGCUCGAUGGAGACGAGGACGACGAUGAUGAUGGUGAGCCGGAUCCGCUGGCUGGGGAAAUGCAGGUGGGCGCGGGAGUGGCGGGAGCGACAGCAGCUGCGGCUGCUGCUGCUUCAUGAUGGUCAAUGAGUUGCGUCUGACGAGCCCGAUACAACACGCCGGGAGCUGAACAAGCCUACGAUGUAACCUCGACCUUGUUGAGCUUUGCGAAUCUCGACCUUUUUGGAGUUCUGCGAAUCUCGACCGGCCUGAUUGCGUCCGAUGAAACAUCACGCAGAGGGACUCUUGACAUU